CACGAGGUCAUAACGCAUGAUUUUUACGUUCUCUCAAAAUUGUAAACGUUCCUACGAGCUUUAGUAUCAAACCAUCCAGUAUUCUUGAAAAAUAAACGCGACAUUCAAGUGAUCUCACUCUUAUUUGUUUUAAACAUUAGACAAAAUGGAAGACGAAAUGAGCGAGCAAGUUGAACAAAGAACGACAUCGAUGACCGAAGAAACUUUACGCGUGAUAAUUUAUGUCUCUUGGUUUCUGGGAGUUGGUGUAGCCCGUCCGAAAAGAUUACCAAAGUUUGUUACAAUAAUCGUUCGCGUUCUUCAUUUUGGAAUCUGCACAGUAAUCGUCGCAUACGGAGCCAUUGAUUUUUUCACUUUUGGUACUAUUUUCAAGAGUGAUAUUUACAAGAUCAUGUACUAUAUGAACAAGGUCAUGUGCUAUGUCUCAUCCUAUUAUUACGUUUUCCAUGGCAUCAGCCAUUACGGGAAGUGGCCACUGCUAAUGAAUAAAAUAGAACAAUUAAAUAAAAAGAUCAUACGAGAGGUAUCGAUGAAUGAACGAUCGAUUAAGACGGUUCAGAUCUUAGCCGUCAUAUUGACAUUUUUUUUGGGACCAGUAUCUCUAUUAAUACAUGCUCUCUAUUACUAUUUUACUUUACCAGAAGAGAUAUUCGCUUCCGACCUCCUUCUGUACUAUACCAUCGCUCAGUCUGCAAUCAACAGUUUCGUUUUCGAUACCGUCGUCUACGUGAUCUGUAAUAGAUUUAGAAAGAUCAAUAGAAUGAUUGAGCUACUAGACAACAAGUUGGUUGCCUCCUUAAUCGCAUUCAAGAUUCGUCGUAUAAGAGAAUUACACAAUGGUGUUUGUGAGUUGGUGACUCUCAUAAAUGACAUACAUGGUGUACAGCUUCUUCUUUGCUCGGCCAAUUCGUUCACGAUGGUCGUUGCGACGCUCUUUCGAAUUUACAUGAGUGUUGUUGAACAUAAUUACACUUUCAUGCUGAUAAAUAACAUCAUUUGGAUAAUCUAUGCAGGACAAUUCGCGCUGAUGUGUUGGGUAUGUACGCUAACCAAUCGAGAAUUCAAGAAGACAGGUGUAUUAAUACACUCCAUCAUUCCAAAUCAUGAGAAAAAGGAUCGCGAUAAACCGUUGUCCAUUCUGGCGAUUUGCAACGAACACGAUUAUUCGUUACAAAUGCAUCAACAACAGCAACACGAAGAUCGUCGACGAAUUUCUCUCGACAUCGGUAGAUUCGGUUUAAACUACUUCAGCAUGGAAAAUCUGUUACGGUCAAAUAUCGAACGUGACUGUGUCAGAAAUGAAAUAAACGAUUUCUCGAAUCAACUUCAGCAACAACCAAUCUCUUUUACGGCCUGCGACUUCUUUGAAAUAAAUAACGCUCUCUUGACUGGUUUUAUAGGUGUUAUUACGACUUACUUGAUAAUCCUCGUUCAAUUCUAUCAACCUGAGAACGUCCAAAUCAAAUAAAUAUCAUUAAUGAGAAUCAAUAGAAUGAUAAAUAAUAUUCAAACAAUGGUAAUCCUAAUAAAAAU